AUGACCAUCACUGCCAUCCCCGUCGACGAGAUCGCCUCCACCUUCAAGGAUAACAUCGAUCUUGCUGUCGCUACCCGUGGAGGCAAGGUUCUCACCCUCACCGACGAGUGGUUCGCUGAUUGCGCCAACCUCUUGACCGCCACCGCCCCCAUCUCUGCCCCCGGUCGCUUCGUCCCCACUGGAGCCUGGUACGAUGGCUGGGAGACCCGCCGCCACAACGCCCCCAACUACGACUGGUGCGUUAUCCAGCUCGGCUACCCUGGAAACAUUGCCGGAUUCGAGAUUGAUACCUCCUACUUCACCGGCAACCACUCCCCCUUCGUCUCCGUCGAGGGUUACACUGAGUCCUUCCCUGCCAAGGCUGCUUCCCGCACCCACGAGGAGUGGGCUCAGGUCGCCUGGACCCCUAUCUUGACCAAGGUCGCUCUGAACCCCAGCUCCCGUCACGGCUUCAAGCUCGAGAAGCCCACCGACGAAGCCUAUACCCACGUUCGCUUCUGCAUGUACCCCGAUGGUGGUGUUGCCCGCCUCCGUGUCUACGGAAAUGUCCACCAAGUCCACCCCGAGAACAAGCACGAGAUCUACGACUUGGCCUCUGCUGCUGCUGGAUCGAUCGUCAUCGACUUGUCCGACGCACACUACGGUCACCCCUCCAACAUGCUCCUCCCCGGCCGUGGCCACGAUAUGUCUGACGGCUGGGAGACCAAGCGCUCCCGCUCGCCCGGCCACGUUGACUUUGCCACCAUCAAGUUCGGUCAGCCCGGUCACGUCACCGACAUUGAGGUCGACACUGCUCACUACAUGGGUAACCCCCCCAAGGCUGUCACCAUUGAGGGUUACGAAAUUGGCUCUGAGCAGCCCAUUGUUCUCUUGAGCGAGGCCCCUAUGACGCCUCACCGUCAGCACUUCUUCAAGGUCCCCGUCGAGUUGACCGAGAAGCGCAUUGCCCAGAUCAAGGUUGUCAUGAUCCCCGAUGGUGGUAUCAAGCGUAUCCGUGCCUGGGGUGCUGCUCAGUUGCCCGCUGUCCAGCCCGAGGGCUCCUUGAUGGGUGUCCGUCAGGAGUUGCCUGAUGAGUACACCUGGAACAUCAAGAAGAACUAA